AUGACCACAGAAGUGACCCCCCCAACCAUUGACAUUUCGGCAUUUUAUGGCAACGACAAUGCCGCAAAUCAGAUUCUCAUAGAACAAGUCCGCUUAGCUUGUAAAACAUUUGGCUUCUUUCAGAUUGUCAACCAUAACGUUCCGAACUCCCUGCAAGAGGAUAUCCUGAAGGAAUCAGAAGACUUCUUCAAUCUGCCUGUGGAAAUCAAAGAGAGAUACGACAAAGAUAUUGGCGGCCGCCACCUUGGAUAUGAGCGUCUUCGCGCCCAGAAUUUCGAAAAAAAGACCGAAGGCGACUUGAAAGAGGGAUAUUACUUUGGCACGGAUCUACCACUUGAUCACCCCUAUGUCGUCGCUGGUAAGCUCAAUUUUGGACCGAACAAGUAUCCCGAAGAAGUAUCUAGCCCGAAACAAUUCAAGUCGACAGUAAAGUUAUAUUUUGCACACUUGGAGGGUUUGGCCCAUGAUAUCCUGCGCAUAUUGGCUGCCACGCUGUACUUGGACGAGAAUCUUUUCGACGAUUUGAACGAUACGCCUAUUGCCACAUUGCGUCUGCUACAUUAUCCCCCACAGCCACCUACUGCAUCUCCCGACGAGCGAGUUAAACAAAAACGAACGCAUCCUAACUCAGAACAACCUCCAGGAAUCGGUGCACACACAGACUUUGGCGGAAUAACAAUCCUCCUCCAAGAUAUGAUCGGUGGUCUGCAAGUCAUGAAUCAAGCUACCGACCAAUGGGUGGAUGUACAACCAAGAAAAGGCGCCCUCGUCGUCAAUUUAGGAAAUUUGUUCAUGCGCUGGACUAAUGACACGUAUAUGUCCAACUUGCAUCGCGUUAUCAAUAAGACUGGCAAGGAGCGCUACUCUGUUCCGUUCUUCUUUUCUGGGAAUCCGGACUAUCUUGUUAAAUGCUUGCCCAGCUGUGAGGGCGCAGAGGGCGCGAAGUAUUUGCCUAUUUCGGUUGAGGAAUGGAUUGCUGGGAGAUAUGCUGACACAUACGGCUCGACUGAUGUUUUGACAUAG